AUGGCAUAUUCAUUGGUUUCUCCCAAUACCUUUGCUGUGAAACUGAAAAUACACUGCAAAAUUUGUGAAAAGAAACUGAAAAACAUGAUGUUGAAAUUACAAGGUGUCCACUCAGUCAAAAUUGAUGAAAAACUUGGAAAUUUAGUCAUUUCAGGCACAGUUGAUCCUACAACAAUUCUAACCAUGUUAGAAAAACUUGGUAGAAAAGCAGAAGUUAUAUGGGAACAAGGACAACCGAUAAACGUUCAGACUAUCACACAAUCAAAAGUGAUUAAUUCGUCGAAUGAUUCAGACAUUAUGACUCGUCAACUAGAGCAAUUGUCUCGAAUUCAAGGAUUGCAAACUAUGGAGGUAACAACAACUAUCAGGUUGACUAUCCAAGGAGAAUCAAGAAAUGACGCUAGUGAUAAUAUCUUGGAAAUUAGCACUACUAACAAUUUGAACAAGCCUGGUCACCAAUUUGAGCAUUCACAUGGUGGUGGUGAAUUUUACGCGGCUUCUUCAUCGUGUUGUGGUGGUCAUCAUGAUGAUGCUAUAAGUCAUAGUCAUAAUUUUCAUGGAUGUUGCCGGGGGGGUAAUACAAGUAAAAAUUGUUGUUACAGUCAUCGCUCACUCCCAAUGGAAUAUUGGGGUAGGGCGAUGGCACAGCCCUCUGACUCUCAACCUUCACCUGCACUACCAGCACCAUCGUGGUCAAGUGGUAGUUCUAUUGCAUCUGCCCCUCCUUUGCCAUCAGAUUAUCAUUAUCAGGUGCCACCAUCAUCAUCAUCGUCAAUGCAUCACACCUACUACAAUGCCUUAAGUGAUGAGAAUGCAAAUGGCUGCGUAAUCCAAUGA